AUGAGUACGACGAUGUGGUUAGUAUUAUUAUUUUGCGUGUUUGUCGAGAAGUUGAGCGCAAAUGCGCUCGAAGGGAGUGGGGUCAAAAUCGGGUCCUUCCCGGUGGGCAGUCCGUGUUAUGCAAACUACCAGUGCGUGAAAAACGAGGCGUUUUGCGAGAAGGAUGAAUCGGAGGAGGACGAUGAAAGUGUGUACAUGUAUCGAUCUGCGGAGUAUAAAUACCGAGUUGAAGCGGAAUACGGAUUGCACGGGUACGAUGAUGCGAGUUUUAUGGAUGAUUUAGCGAUGAAUGUGGCGAGAUUUGCAAGCGCCGUGGCGAAGGUGAUGGAUGUGGACGCGCGGACGGUGGAAGCGCUCGAGGUGAGAGGAGCGGGCGAAAGUCAGUCGAGGAGCGCGAAGAGCGCGAUGAAAGUUGUAUUUAUAAAGUUUGGAGUUUUGACAAAGACGUUAGUUGAAGCGGCGGAAAAAGGAAACAGAUUGACGACGAUACCGGCGGAGGACGUUGUCGACGCUUUACGCGAAGGCGGGUUGGAUAAUGUUAUGUACGCGUCGGCGUCUUCUGGAGAUGGAUUUAUUCAAGUGUAUGGUGUUGGAGAGAGCGAUAAUAGUGCUACUGGCACUGGUAGUGAAGAGGAUGCCUCCUCCAUUUUCUCCAACAUUUGUAUAUCCUUCUCCACCACCGCCACCGCUAAUACCGCCACCAAAUUCUCCUCCUUUGCCACCACCACCAUUACUAUCACCACCACCAAGUCAUCCUCUUCUCUCACCUCCACCGAGUCCAUCUCCUCCAGCACCUCCUUCGCCAUCGAUACCAUCGGCGCCGGCCUCACCAAGCUCACCAUCGGCACCAUUGUCACCUCUCUCGCCGAGCUCACCGUCAACGCCAAGCUCACCACUUGCACCAAGCUCGCCAUCAACACCAAGUUCUCCACCUGUGCCAAGCUCGCCAUCAACGCCAAACUCGCCGUCAACGCCAAGCUCACCGUCAACGCCAAACUCGCCGUCAACGCUAAGCUCGCCGUCAACGCCAAGCUCACCGUCAACGCCAAGCUCACCGUCAACGCCAAGCUCACCAUUAACGCCGUCAUCACUACUACCACCAAACUCACCAUCGACACCUUCUACGCCACCGGUGCCGCUCCCACCGGCUUCACCAUCAACACCGUCAUCACCACUACCACCAAACUCACCAUCGACACCUUCUACGCCACCGGUGCCGCUCCCACCGGCUACACCAUCAACACCACUAUCACCACUUUCGCCAGCUUCACCGUCCGCUCCAUUCAGUCCGAGCUCGCCAAGCUCUCCAUCUGCACCACCAGCGCCACUGCGGCGAAGAGUCCUACUUUCUUCCCAGGUCAGUGA